AGGUUCCGGGUCCAGCUCCAUGAGCAGGGGGGAGAUGAGCCUGGCUGAGGUUCAGUGCCACCUUGACAAGGAGGGGGCCUCCAAUCUGGUCAUCGACCUCAUAAUGAACGCAUCCAGCGACCGAGUGUUCCAUGAAAGCAUUCUCCUGGCCAUCGCCCUGCUGGAAGGAGGCAACACCACCAUACAGCACUCCUUUUUCUGCCGGUUGACAGAAGAUAAGAAGUCGGAGAAAUUCUUCAAGGUCUUCUAUGACCGAAUGAAGGUGGCCCAGCAAGAAAUCAAGGCAACGGUGACAGUGAACACCAGUGACCUGGGAAAUAAAAAGAAAGAUGAUGAGGUAGACAGAGAUGCCCCAUCACGGAAAAAAGCCAAAGAGCCCGCGACACAGAUAACGGAAGAGGUCCGGGAUCAGCUCCUGGAGGCCUCUGCCGCCACCAGGAAGGCCUUCACCACCUUCAGAAGGGAGGCUGACCCCGACGAUCACUACCCGUCAGCGGAGGGCGCCCAGGCCACGGCGGACAAGACCAAGGACGACCUGGAGAUGAGCGCAGUCAUCACCAUCAUGCAGCCCAUCCUCCGCUUCCUGCAGCUCCUGUGCGAAAAUCACAACCGGGACCUACAGAACUUCCUUCGUUGCCAAAAUAACAAGACCAACUACAAUUUGGUAUGUGAGACGCUGCAGUUUCUGGACUGUAUUUGUGGAAGUACCACGGGGGGUCUUGGUCUUCUCGGACUCUAUAUCAACGAAAAGAAUGUGGCCCUCAUCAACCAAACCCUGGAAAGUCUGACCGAGUACUGUCAAGGACCUUGCCAUGAGAACCAGAACUGCAUAGCCACCCAUGAAUCCAAUGGCAUUGACAUCAUCACAGCCCUCAUCCUCAAUGACAUCAACCCUCUGGGAAAGAAGAGGAUGGACCUUGUAUUAGAGCUGAAGAACAAUGCAUCCAAGUUGCUCCUGGCCAUCAUGGAGAGCAGGCACGACAGUGAAAAUGCCGAGAGGAUACUCUAUAACAUGAGGCCCAAGGAACUGGUGGAAGUGAUCAAGAAAGCCUACAUGCAAGGCGAAGUGGAAUUCGAGGAUGGAGAGAAUGGCGAGGACGGAGCUGCUUCCCCCAGGAACGUGGGACACAACAUCUACAUCUUAGCUCAUCAGUUGGCUCGGCACAACAAAGAACUUCAGACCAUGCUGAAACCUGGUGGCCAAGUGGAGGGAGACGAAGCUCUGGAGUUUUAUGCCAAGCACACGGCCCAGAUAGAGAUUGUCAGAUUAGACCGAACCAUGGAACAGAUUGUUUUCCCCGUACCCAGUAUAUGUGAAUUCCUAACCAAGGAGUCAAAGCUGCGAAUAUACUACACUACAGAAAGGGAUGAGCAAGGCAGCAAGAUCAACGAUUUCUUCCUGCGAUCCGAGGACCUCUUCAAUGAGAUGAAUUGGCAAAAGAAGCUGCGAGCCCAGCCCGUUCUGUACUGGUGUGCCCGCAACAUGUCUUUCUGGAGCAGCAUUUCAUUCAACCUGGCUGUCCUGAUGAAUCUGCUUGUGGCCUUUUUCUACCCAUUUAAAGGAGUCCGAGGAGGAACCCUGGAGCCACACUGGUCGGGGCUGCUGUGGACAGCCAUGCUCAUAUCUCUGGCCAUCGUCAUUGCCCUCCCCAAGCCCCACGGCAUCCGGGCCUUAAUCGCUUCCACAAUUCUCCGGUUGAUAUUUUCAGUCGGGUUACAACCCACGUUGUUUCUUCUGGGAGCUUUCAACGUCUGCAAUAAAAUCAUCUUUCUGAUGAGCUUUGUGGGCAACUGUGGAACAUUCACCAGAGGCUACCGAGCCAUGGUUCUGGAUGUUGAGUUCCUUUAUCAUUUGCUGUAUCUGCUGAUCUGCGCCAUGGGGCUCUUCGUCCAUGAAUUCUUCUACAGUUUGCUGCUUUUUGACUUAGUGUACAGAGAAGAGACUCUGCUUAAUGUCAUUAAAAGCGUCACUCGCAACGGACGGUCCAUCAUCUUGACAGCGGUCCUGGCUUUGAUCCUGGUUUACCUGUUCUCAAUAGUGGGCUACCUUUUCUUCAAGGAUGACUUCAUCUUGGAAGUAGAUAGGCUGCCCAAUGAAACCGCUCUUCCAGAAGCCAGUGAGAGUUUGGCAAGCGAGUUCCUGUACUCUGACGUGUGUAGGGUGGAGACUGGGGAGAACUGCUCCUCUCCGGCACCCAAAGAAGAGCGGAUCCCUGCAGAAGAGACGGAGCAAGAUAAAGAGCGCACGUGUGAGACGCUACUCAUGUGCAUUGUCACAGUGCUGAGUCACGGGCUGCGGAGCGGGGGCGGAGUGGGAGACGUGCUCAGGAAGCCGUCCAAAGAGGAGCCCCUCUUUGCUGCUCGAGUGAUCUAUGACCUCUUGUUCUUCUUCAUGGUCAUCAUCAUUGUCCUUAAUCUGAUUUUCGGGGUCAUCAUUGACACCUUUGCCGAUCUGAGGAGUGAAAAGCAGAAGAAGGAAGAGAUCUUAAAGACCACGUGCUUUAUCUGCGGCUUGGAAAGAGACAAGUUUGACAACAAGACUGUCACCUUUGAAGAGCACAUCAAGGAGGAGCACAACAUGUGGCACUAUCUGUGCUUCAUCGUCCUGGUGAAAGUAAAGGACUCCACAGAGUACACGGGGCCCGAGAGUUACGUGGCGGAAAUGAUCAAGGAAAGAAACCUUGACUGGUUCCCAAGGAUGAGAGCCAUGUCCCUGGUCAGCAGCGACUCGGAAGGAGAACAGAACGAGCUGAGGAGCCUGCAGGAGAAGCUGGAGUCCACCAUGAAGCUGGUCACUAACCUUUCUGGGCAGCUGUCAGAAUUAAAGGACCAGCUAAAUUAUUCCAAACUGAGCCCCAAGACACCAUUUGGCCUCAAGUUCUUUUCUUUCACAUGUAUUAAGAUACAAAUAAAAAGACUAACGGGAACAGAGGGCCUUAUUUAUGAAGGCUGUCUACGGCGCUGAGCUUGGUAGCCACCUAAGAUGAGUAAAAACCUAAAUAAGUAAAACUAAUGAAGAUCUAACUAGAUUACUUUGCUUAUUAUUUUAUUAACUUUUUACCCCGGCUGUGAACCACCUGACAAAUGUUCCACAGGACUACACUGAUGCAUGAGCACUCUGUCUGCUACAGCUGCUUCUGUUUCCUCCCUGAAGAGUGAGGCGAGCUCCGUAAGGCAUGUAGCAAUGCUCAAGCUCCCUUCCUCUCCCUUUGACAGAGCUGUGGCUACAAGAAUCUCCAUUAAAUCAGAUGUUUUAAAUUAGAUGCCAGAAAAUCUUACAAAAAUUGAUCUCAUGCAGACCAAAAUAAAGGAAGUAUUUAGCACUCUAUAAAGUGCCAUUUGUAAACAUGUCUGAAACAAACUAUUAUUGGGUAUUCUGGGGUAGUAAAUGCCACUCGAGCCCUUCUCUGUAGGCCGGGCCUGUCCUUUCAGUGCUUAGAAUCCUGUGUAUUGACUCGCUCCCUGAGGGUGGUUCUGAAGUUGCUUCAGUGAUCACACUGUGCACACCAGUGAUCCUGGUCUAAGGAGUGAACUGAAGCUGAGGAAUUCGCACAGAGAAUCACAGGUAUAGGAGGUAGCCAAGACCACAGAUGGCACUGCACCCAAUUCCCUCAUUUUAUUUCGUGAGGACAUUCAGGUCCACGGCAGGCUCUUAGAAAAUUUGUCCAACUUUACCUGAAAAUGUCAGGCUGGAACUCCUGGUCCUGCAGUCUGGGUUUGAUUUUGUGUGUGUGUGUGUGUGUGUGUUGUGUUUUUAUCUUCCCUUGUUUUGUUUUGUCACUGUACCCUGUUUGCCUUUCAUGGUUGACGGUUUAAAUUCUCACUCAUUUUUUUAAGAACGUUAAAGAGUUUCAGAAGUCGCAUCACACACUUAAACGUUAAGGAGUGAUACAUUCAUUGCCAUGUUCCACCACUGAUCAGAGACUUGGCAUUAGAAUCUAUGAAGCCAAAAUUUGGGCUUGAACAAACUAUGUAAAACUUGAUUACAUAUGGACUAAGGUUCAUUAAGUGACAUCAAAACCAUUGUGGUUUAAACUGCUUGGUUUCAGCUCUGUUUACAUUUUUGUUUUAAAGUUAGCAGUUGGAACCACCCUUCAGAAAACCUUUCCCCUAUGAACGAAUUUGAAAUUGAACCAUUUUUUCUUGUAAGAUGUUAUAGGCUAAGAAGAAAUCGGAGGAAACCAGUACUAUAUUCUCAAGUGCCUUUACCAGCAUUGAUCUGCUUAGGUUUUAAGGUGACCAGAAUCACAGGAAAAAUUCAGCAUUGUUGCUUUUGCUGGGGAAAAUUUGCUUUUUUCAGAAGCAAUUAGUCAACAUUUUCUUUUGACUUUGUAACAAAACUGUAAAGCAUUUGUUUGAGAAUCAACUUGUUGAAAAGGUUUGAAUUUUAUUAAAUUUGGUGUGUACCAGUCCUAAAGAUUUCUUAAAUUGUUCUGCAUAAAAACCCAUGCAGACAGGUCAGAGAACUGCUGGCUCUUAAACAGUAAUUGUGAGAAUUCCUGCCCUCCAAAGGGAAAAAAAGUCUGAAUUAAAAAAUAAAAUCUCCAUGAAUGAUUAAUAAACAAGAAACUCUGGGAUAGAUAUUUUUUAAAACAGCUAUGAAAGAAUACCAUUCACUGGUAAAAGUGCUGGAAAAUACAAAAAUUGCUUCAUCGCUUAGAUAUUUUUGCAGAUCUUCUGGUCCAAAAACCAGCAUAAUGGAGCAAAGACAGCUGAAUGUCUUGGGAUUUAAUCUUUACUGUUAUUGACCUCGUUGGUGGUUGUUUUCUUAAAAUACCAGUUUGAGGAGAAAAAGUUCUUAUCAAGGAUAUUAGUAAAAUGCUGGUUAGUGGUUUUUCUAUUACUGCCAAGAACAGUUAAUUAAAAUUGCUGUUCUAAGUGUUACUUAAUGAUGCUUCUCAUCUUGAAGUUUCCCCUCCCAAGAGAUUCUGAAUACUAAAUGUGAUUCUCUUACAUUCUGAUUCCAAGGCGGAGAACUAAUGUAAGAACUUAAAUUUUUUUUGCAUG